UGCUGCAUGCUGGCUUUCAGGGCUUGCCUUCGACGAAGCAUCUCGCUAUAAAGUUUGCCUAGUCGAGGUAUCGUCCAUGUCGAUGAUGAUCGACAGAUGCAGUGUGAUUGAAUACAUCCUGAAUAUGGACGUCAAGUGUUCGGGACUGGUAACCAUCUUCGACGAAGAAUAUUCUGAGGAGAACGAAGAAGACAUCGCCAAACUCAUUUUAAAGAAAAACCGCCCCCUGAUUUUACUCCAAAAUCACAACGAAGCCGACAAACUAUUGGGCGACAUUCGAAGCGAUACUUUUUUUUUGCUGAUUGAACGCAGUCAACGUCUACUGGAGAUUCACAGAUGGGUCAUCAGCGAUCGUAUUCAAAAGAAUUUCGUGUUUAGACACAGUAAUUUAAAAAAAGUUCUGCCGGUUCAACGCCAAACUUUAAUGGGUAGGCACUUGACGAUUGCGACGCUCGAUUUCCCUCCCAUCGUUUUUGCAAAGAAGAAUGAUCUAAGCGGUAAAGUUGUCGUCUAUGGAAUCGAGCCGACAAUAAUGGAAAUCCUUGCUGAGAGGCUAGACUUUCGAUUCAGUUAUAUUCUACCAGUUAACGACGAAAUGUGGGGUACUUUAAUCUUCAAUGGACCGGAAAACGUCACCGUCACCGGUUUAUUAGGUUUUCUGCAUCGAAAAGAAGCCGACGUGUCUUAUGGUGAUUUGCAUAUUCAGGAUCGAUUGUUAUCCUACGUAGACUUCACCCGAGCCUUCAGAAAUAAUUUCGAAUGCUUUCUCAUUCCUGCACCUCGUCCUUACGCUAAAUGGACGGCACUUUACCAUCCAUUUUCUUCGGCCAUUUGGACUUUUACUGGUAUCUCUUGUAUUGUUGCCGUCGCGACGCUACGACUGCUAGCCAAAUACUCAUCGCGUCAUCCAAAUAAAGACGCAUUUUUCUCCGACACUAUGGUUUGUGUUCUAUACAUCUUAGGAAACAUGCUCUCGGCCCAGCAGCCACAAGAAGUUCGUUCGCCCGCUAAUCGUUUAUUUCUUAUUUGGUUUCUAUUAGCUGCUGCUACCAUAAUUCCGACUCUAUAUCGUUCAGGUCUAAUUUCUUACAUCACCUUUCCGUACACCCCAGAUCCUAUUGACACUAUUCAACAAUUAGUUGACAGUCCUUUACAAAAGAUCAGCUGGGGCAAUUAUUUUAAACAGAGUCUUUCAGAUUCGAACGACCCGCUCCAGCGGAAACUUGGUAGUCAAUUCGCUAUUGCCACCAACCUUUCUCAAAUGUUCGCCUUACUAGAAACAAAUUCUUGGGCUGUGAUGUCGAAUCAGGGGAAUCUUCGUUAUCAAGCCUUUACAUUAUUCCCUCCCACUAGCGAUGGCCCUCGUGUACAUCUCAUGAGAGAGUGUGUUUUCCCCACACGCUCAGCGCUUGGACUCCAGAAACACUCGUCGCUGAAACCUUACUUUGACAAGGAAAUUUAUCAUCUCUUUGAAUCUGGAAUCGUUGAGCACAUAACAUCUCAAUGGGCUAAAAAACAGAAAAAGUGGGAUCCUACAAAGUCUACGAAAUUAGCUGCAUACUCACUGGAUAGUUUACAAGGAGCUUUUUAUUUGUUUGGGUUGGGUAUUGCACUUUCUUUUCUCGCUUUUUUAAGUGAGUUCAUGUUUAAUGGCUAUCAUAACAGAAAAAUCUACAAAAAGAAAACAGUUAACUAAAAUCAACUUUUGAAAAUUAAGUAGUAGUAGGGGAGACCGGACCCACUUGGGACACCUCCGGGAUUUCCCCCAUAUCUCCCAUCCCCUUAUGCAAAAAUAAGAAAUUUUUUGCAAAAACACGCGGAAACCUUUCCCUCACACACUUGAUUUUUUUCAAUGAUGUACCUUCAAAAUUGUAGAAGUUAUAGAGAUUUCAAUUUUUUUGUGUUUUUUUGUUCAGAGUGGGGUAAAACUGGACAGACGCCUGUACCAUGUUAGACAGGGUAUAAAAAGAGGGGUAUGAUGAAUAAAAAAUUAUGAAAAAAGGAAAUGUAGAUCUUAAUGUAGAUAAACCCCCCCCAAAAUUUGGAAAUGUCAUCUUUAAAACUGAAAAAGAUUUCUUAUAGAAAAAGAAUUGCAACUUUAAGAUAGGGAAAAAAUGUAGGUGGCGCUGAAUUCUCUCGUUAGAUAGGACAAUUUUCCUGUCCCAAAUGGCCCCAGAGACCGUCCUCCACCAAAAUGUGAAUAUCGUCUAAACUAUCAUACUUAAAAAUAAAAAUUUGAGUGAAUAAUGUAGGCAAAUAACUAGCCUAUGUUUUUAUAUGAGCAGAUUUUAUUUCACUCCUCGUCACACUUAGGCACACUGGCACUUUUAGGUGGAAAAAUUUUACUAAUUUUUUCCGGGUUUUUUUAUUUCUUGAAUAUCUCAGGAAAUAACCAUGAAAUUUUCAUGAAACUUAUUACAGUUAAAUAAUACACUACAAAGAAUAAACUGUAGAAAAAUUUGAUUUUUAACACUGAGUCCACCACUCAAUCAGGCCAAAACUGUGGGUUUUGGGGGUUUACAAUUUUUGGAAAAGGGUGACGAAGGUAUCUCAGCCAGUACCCGUAUAAACUAUUUUGUGCAGAAUUUUACGGAAAACCCAAUGGUGAAAUCCGCAAUGUUCUAGCUAGCAUAGUUUUUAAGUUAUUUAAUAAAAACUAAGGGACCCCCCCAGGAAUUCUAGCGUUUUUACUGGUUUUUUACAUCAGUUUUCGGGCAAACCAGACCUUUAAAAAAAAUCUAAUUUUCUAGAAUACCAUAAUUGUUUAUGUUAAAUUUUACACUUUAAUUGCGAGCCCGCCGACACGAACUGUAGUCGAGGGUAAUUAAUUUUUAACCUCGGACAAAAUGUAACAUGAAAUUUUUAAAAUGAGCUUUAUUAUUGUAGUGUUCAAGAUGUUACAUACAAAACCCUCUGUGAAAAUAUUAAAUAUUUCUGUAAAAA